CAUACAUCUAUCUACCCCUCAAAUUACACCCCCAAAAAUAUGGAACAAUUUCCAGCACCCAAAAAGCACCCACAAAAAACCAACAAGAAAAGGCUUACAAAUGAACAAGUAAAGCUCCUAGAAACCAGUUUCAACUUCAACAACAAGCUCGAUUCGACUCGCAAGAGUCAACUCGCUCAAGAACUCGGCGUCCCGGCUCGGCAAAUCGCCAUUUGGUACCAAAACAAACGAGCCCGAUGGAGGAACCAGAGCCUGGAGACGGAACACAAGGUGCUGCAACAUCGGCUCGAACGUGUUUCAAGCGACAAAAACCGGCUCGAAAGAGAGGUCGAGCGGCUGAAAACCGAGUUGGCAAAGGCUAAAGAUUUGUUGGUUUCAUCCAAAACGAUGAAUUACGCCUCUUUACCGUCUUUUUCUAGCUCAUGCGAUGAAGUUGGAAGCUCGAGCUUGCUUGGUGAUCAUGGCGAUUUCUACGUUUGCUUUGAUGAUCAUCAAUUCGAUCAUAAAUCCGAUGGUCAUGAUUUUUUUGCUAGGUGAUCUAAGUCUCGAUAUAUCGAUUUGUAAUUAAGCUCGUUUAUGCCUUUUGGAACGAAUAAAAGUCUUUGCUUUUCGAUAAGAA